CGCGCACACUUCAGUGGCACAGCGAGGGGACGCGCUAUAGACAGACAGACAGACAGCAAGAAAUGGAAAUGCAGACAAAAUGCAGCGUUUCCGCUCUGUGAGCUGCAUACACCAGAACACAACCCGGAUUCACUGCCCAAAAACCUCCCGAUAACGCUGCUGUUGAUGCAUUAAAAAAAAAGAGUUUUAGGUUUAACCGUAGUCCUUCGCGGCACACAGCGUUUGGUGACUGGAUUAGUGGUGCGUCUUCCGUUCUGUCGCUGCGGCAGAACGUUCUUCUUCUCUUCAAUCGAGCCAGGGCUGUUGUACAGAAGCCAUCGCUGUAUGAUUCGCCUUGUUCUGCGCUGUUACCGGUUUCUAUCUAUUCGUUCCGUGCAGGAAAGCGCGAGUGGUGAAGUCAACGACAACGCUAGUGUGGAUCCAGUGGGCAGCAUUACAUCCAUCUCUACCGCGUCUACGGUCUGCUACCCUGCUGUCUCUUUCAGGAUGGCGCUAACGAUUUGCACGAGAUUCACCGACGAAUUCCAGCUAUUCGAGGAGCUGGGGAAGGGAGCGUUCUCUGUGGUGAAGAGAUGUCUCAGGAUCUCGUCUGGUCAGGAGUUUGCUGCCAAAAUCAUAAACACCAAGAAAUUAUCUGCCAGAGACCACCAGAAGCUUGAGAGAGAGGCCAGGAUUUGCCGUCUGCUGAAACAUCCCAAUAUUGUGAGGCUUCAUGACAGCAUAUCAGAGGAGGGCUUCCACUACCUGCUGUUUGAUCUGGUGACCGGAGGAGAGCUGUUUGAGGACAUCGUAGCCAGGGAGUACUACAGUGAGGCUGACGCCAGUCAUUGCAUACAGCAGAUUGUAGAGAGUGUUCAUCACUGCCAUGUCAAUGGUAUCGUUCACAGGGACCUGAAGCCUGAGAACCUCCUAUUGGCCAGUAAGCUGAAGGGGGCGGCGGUUAAGCUAGCUGACUUUGGGCUCGCCAUCGAGGUGGAGGGAGACCAACAGGCAUGGUUCGGUUUUGCUGGUACUCCAGGCUACCUGUCUCCAGAGGUCCUGAGAAAAGACCCAUAUGGGAAGCCUGUGGACUUGUGGGCCUGUGGGGUGAUCCUGUACAUCCUAUUGGUCGGUUACCCUCCCUUCUGGGACGAGGACCAGCACAGACUGUACCAGCAGAUCAAGGCUGGAGCCUACGAUUUCCCGUCUCCAGAGUGGGACACGGUGACUCCUGAUGCCAAAGACCUGAUCAAUAAGAUGUUGACCAUCAACCCCGGCAAACGCAUCACCACCGCAGAGGCCCUCAAACACCCAUGGAUCUGUCAACGGUCCACUGUAGCUUCCAUGAUGCACAGACAGGAGACCGUGGAGUGUCUGAAGAAGUUCAACGCCAGGAGGAAACUCAAGGGAGCCAUUUUGACCACUCUGCUGGUAACAAAAAACUUUUCAGCAGUCAAGAGUCUGCUGAACAAGAAGGCUGACGCCGUCAAGGCGAACAACAAAGCCAACACAGUCACCAGUCCUAAAGACAACAGCUUAACCCCAGCACUGGAACCCCAGACCACAGUGAUCCACAACCCAAUAGAUGGGAACAAGGAGUCUAUAGAGAGCACCAACACCACCAUCGAGGACGAGGAUGUCAAAGUCCUCUGUUUGGGGAACUUGGUGGGUAGUGUGUGGAUCUCUAAGGGUCGUUCCACCCAGUCCUCUGAGCCCAGGCAGACUCCCUCCUCUUCAGGACAGACUCGGAAGCAGGAAAUUAUCAAAGUCACAGAGCAGCUGAUCGAAUCCAUCAACAACGGAGACUUCGAGGCCUACGCGAAGAUCUGUGAUCCUGGUCUGACGUCGUUUGAACCAGAAGCUCUGGGGAACCUGGUCGAGGGACAUGACUUCCAUCGCUUCUACUUCGACAACGCCCUGUCUAAAGGUAACAGGCCGGUGCACACCAUCCUCCUCAACCCUCACGUCCAUCUGAUAGCGGAGAACGCUGCGUGCAUCGCCUACAUCCGCCUGAGCCAGUACAUGGACGCGGGGGGGAUGCCUCGCACCAUGCAGUCUGAGGAGACCCGCGUCUGGCAUCGCAGAGACGGAAAGUGGCAGAACAUUCACUUCCACCGCUCCGGCUCGCCCAGCGUACCAUCCCAUUAAUGGAAUAUCAAGCUUCAGUCUAAACUCCCAAGACAGGCAACAAUCAACUAGCCAACCCAUGGUCACCAUCUAACCCCUGACACCUGACCCCUCAGUAUGGACAUGACAUCACACAGGAAAAGGAAAUCAACCCUAAAGGUCGUCAGUCAUCCUAACCACCUUCUGCGUCCCUAAUGGCACCCUAUUCCCUACAUAGGGCCCAUGGGACCUGGUCUAAAGUAGUGCACUAUAUAGGGAAUAGGGCCCUGGUCUAAAGUAGUGCACUACAUAGGGAAUAGGGUGCCAUUUGGGACUCAGCCCUCCCCCUAGAGCGACCUGCAGCAGACCGUGGCCGUUAUCCACCGGUUGCAUAUUACCUGACAUUUGGUUAUCUGGUUUUUAAACUGUUUUUUGGUGCAUUUUAAAUGUAUAGAGAUGUUUAAAAAAUCUACUGCUGUCACUCCUCCCAUUUUAAACUUGUAUUUGUACGUGUGUUUUACGUGUUGCAAUACGAAAUAUUUAAAGAUCGGAAUGUUUAAAAUCGAGCUUGCUUUUGUUCUGGUGAAAUGUAUAUAUAUAUAUUAUAUCUUGUGAUUGUUGAUUAAAUAAAAUAAACAUUAAAUUGCUA